AUGGCCGCCUCAUCUUCCUCCUCGAGCGACAGCAGCUCCAGCCGCUCCUCCUCUCCCGAGCCAGACAACAAGCAGAAGCAAACUAUCAAGAGUGUAUCUAAGACAAAGGACGAAGCCGAAGACUCAUCAAGUUCAUCUGGUUCCGAGUCCGACAAUGACGAAAGCUCCAGCGACAUGGACACCAGCGACGAUGCUCCCCAAGCAGUGGUCAAUGUUGUCGCCCCCAAGCCCUACAAGCCUCCUUCCGGCUUCAAGUCCGCAAAACAGCUAGCCCCGCCAUCCUCGGCCUCGUCCUCUAUCCUCUCCAACCUGAACGGGAAGCAAGUCAUCCACAUCACAGCUCCAUCUUUUCUCCCACUGUCAAAGGUCAAGGAGAUCUCCAUGUCCAAGAUCGCCGAGGGCCAGCCAAUCCUUUCAUUCGACGGCGCAAACUACGGUAUUCCCACCGAAUCGCUCAGCGAAGAAGGUGCGCAGGGCAAGUCUCUGCUGCUCUUCGACCACAAAAGCCAGACAUACUUCAAACAAGCCGACAACAUCCCCAGUUACCACAUCCAGGAAUUGAUGGGUGUACCAGAAGCCGAUAAGGCGGCGGUGGAAGCGCUUCGGGAUACCGUCAAGCCCGCUCGGCCCCAACCGAAGAACUUGAAGAUGCGUUUCCGGCCUGUUGGCAGUUUGCCCGCUCCGCCAGAGACUUUGGGCUCGGACUCCGAUUCUGAGCCUUCAUUCAAGGUCCCUGCUGGAGAGACAGAGCGUAAGCGGAAGCACCACCACACUGAUGCGGAUGCUGCCCAGACGACUAGUCUGCCCAGCCGGAAGAAGUCAAGGAAGCAUACUCAGGAAAAUGGAGACGAGGAGCAGGGUCAUAAGAAAUCGAAAAAGUCACACAAGGAUACCGAGGAGAAGAAGCGCAAAAAGCCAAAGGCAUGA